CGCAGAGCGUACUCUAAUUUGAAGCACUUCCUGAGAACUUUCAUGGCGGCCUUGCCAAUGAACCCAGUUUAGUUUAAUAGCGAUCCGCCAAAGGAUGGCCUUGUUCAGAACCCUUCGCUCAUGUCACUCGUUUCUCAGGUACCAAAACUCUUCACUGCAAUCUAGAAAUCCAUUAGAAACUUCGCCUUUCUCUUACUCUAACCUAUUCCAUCCCAAGAAGUGUAGUGGCGUGGUUAAUCCAUUGUUGUCGAGUUCAUCAUUUUCUCAAAGAACUUUAUCGGCUUCUACGCAUACGAAAGAACGAGAAGAAACCGAGUCGAGUGAUUCAGAGAACGAUGAAUGGAUUGAUGCGUCAGAAAAUGGCCUUGAAAAGAGUAAGAAGAAGGGGAAGAAGCCACUUGAUGUUUUGUUCAAAGAGGCUGUUGGAUUAAUUGAAAUGCCCGAAGAGAGAGAUUCUGCAGACGAGGGAGAAUCGCAGGUAGGGGAAUUUAAGGAGAAAUUACGGAAAUUGGAAGCAGAGGUGAGGAUGCUUCAAGGAAAUGUUGAGAAUAUAGAAAAGCUCAAAAAAUUGUCCAAGGAAGAAGAAAAAGAAGAAGAUCAAUCAGAGGAAGGACAACCAAAGGAGGCUCAAUCCAAACCGAAUGGAUUGUCCUCUCUGUUCACUCCUCCUUCCAAUAAGCGUUUGAAUUUACGGACGCCGAAGGAGGCCAAGACCCAACCAACAGAACUUUCGCCCGAAAUGGUUUCGCUCGUGGGACGUUUCUACGAUGAAGGGUACUUCAGAAAUGCAAAUUUCUUGCCACGUAAUAAGUUGGACAUCAGUUGUUUCUCCGAAGAUUAUCCUCGAGAUUUCUUGAAGUGUGCAGCAGAAAAAUUUGGCCAGGACCAUCAUGAAAUUGCAACAUGGUUGUCUGGUAGUGACUUGAAAAGGGUUGCCGAGUUUGGUUGUCCUUCCGUAGAAAAGAACAAUGUUUUUGCAGCCAAAAGAUUACGUGCCUUUUUUGGCAUUCAGGAAGAUACUGUAUGUCGGACGUGCAAAUUGAAAAGUUCAUGCCGAUUUGCAAACCAAAGAGUGUGGAAAACUAAUAAUCUGAAUUUAGCCGAUGCAAUGAGGGUUCUUACUUUGUAUGACUUGGGUUCCGUCUCCCCACAGCUGGUAGUACCAGAUGAAAUGAAGGCAUCAGUCAGUAAAUUGCUAAAGGAAGUGAUCGGUCUCACUGAAUAGCAGCAUGUAGGACCCAAGGACUCCCAGUCGUGGUGUCUAAGGUGCAUGUAGCUUCAUUGUAACUUUAGAUUUUUUUUUUUUAAAUAAAUGUUAUGGCAGUGUCUCAUCAUACUUGUAAAUCAGUUGUAGCAAGAAUGGCACCACAAUUACUAAUGGUCCAAUUAAUGGGGCUUUAUUUAGGUUGAGGUAGGAUAUAAACCCUGGAGUUUGGUUUCGAUAUGAAUUAUGAUGGUUAACUGGUGUUGGGAAACAAAUUGUUCACAACGGUUUCGAUGUUCUUAA